GUGUAACAACUACCAACUAAUAUAACUGUGGCCAGUAGGUAUGUACCUCUAGUAAAAAAAAGUUUGCUAGAAUUUGUCGUCGCACCGGGCUCGUCCGUCAGUCGAUUGCAACUCGUACGCGCGACAUGAUCACGACGCCGCCACAGCUGCUUUCGUCUCGUCGUCCUGAACAAAAACCGUCGACGAGAUUAACGACGUCUGUGCCUGAGACAGCAUCACACGAUAUAAUACCUACCUACUUAUAAUAUUAUAUCGGGUUUCGCGUGUCCUUGCUGGUUGUCGCAGAGGAUCGCGUCCAUGUCAGGCGAGCCAUGAGGCUUAUUAUUUCAUGUCAUGGUGGUAGUGAGAGUACAGAGAGCCCGAGUAUUUCGCUACACGCCGACCGCAAAGAUCUGGGCAUGGACAAUCAAGGUGCUACCGUUCGUUUUAGUGUUGCUCGUCGUUUUCGCCAUGUGCUUCAUAGCCAUAACUCGAGCUCCAGCUUUACAAAAACACAAUUCUMUGAAGGUCAACAGCUUACAUGUGGCAAAAUUGAAACCAGAUCCAGCUAGCAGUACACAGAAUAAAGAUUUCCAGUUAGAACGUUUAUUGAAGUCGAAGCCACCAAACCUUCAUUUGUUCGUCACUCAGUUGAAGAACGAAGCUAACGGAUACUGUUCGGAAAAACUAGCAGAAUUGCAAAAGAAUGCAAAGAAAUCAAAUAUAAUUUCAGAGCGAUUAGAGCCAUGUCGACCAAAACCAUGGUGCCCCAAAAUACCACCCGUGUUAUACGGUGCUGAGAAAUUGGAUAGUGUAGCCGUCAAUAUGACUGAAGAGGAAAUCGUGGACGCCGUUGGAUCAAUGGGCGUGGGUGGUUCUUGGGCUCCAGAUGAUUGUAAAGCAAGACACUCGGUGUGUAUCAUCAUACCUUAUAGGGACAGAAAGGAUCAUUUAUGGACAUUAUUGUACAGGCUCAUACCGGUGUUGAAAAGACAACAGUUGGAUUUCAAAAUAUUUGUCGUUGAACAGGUCAGUAAUGCAACGUUCAAUAAAGGGGCAAUUAUGAAUGCUGCUUUUUUGACGAUUUACCGUACGUACGGACUACGUGGCGAAGGUGAUUGGCAUAAAGGACUGUACGGCUGCUAUGUCUUCCACGACGUGGACAUGUUGCCAGAGGAUGACAGAAACAUGUAUAGUUGUCCGGAAUUUCCCAGACAUCUAUCGGUGGCUGUCAAUGAAUUUAAAUAUCAAUUACCUUACCACAAAUUGGUGGGCGGCGUGUUCAAUAUAAGACCGGAUCAUUACUUCCUCGUCAAUGGUUACUCGAAUUUGUUUUGGGGCUGGGGUGGUGAAGAUGACGAUAUGGGAUAUAGGUUGGAACAAGUCGGGUUGCCGAUCACCCGGCCGCCUGAAAGGUUGGCCCGGUAUACGAUGGUCAAGCACGUUAAGCGUAAACCCCUUGCUCAUGCCGUCCGACUCAAGUUAGUGCACACCAGUCAGAAACGUUACAGGGCUGACGGGCUGAACACGCUCAAGUACGAAGUCUUCCGGGUGGAUACUGAGAAGCUAUACACCCGGAUACUGGUGGGCGUCGGUGACAUGCCCGAAUACGUCCGAUCGUUCGAGGUCACCAGGCGGACCAUCACGGUGCAGAAUAAAAGGUGGAAGUGAUUGAGCUGUAUAAUGGCUGCACUACCUAUAAUAUAUAAUAUGGUGUAGUAUAGGUACGUUCAUUAAUUGGAUCGUCAGUAACCCUAGUUAGUUCGUGAUGCAGUGUGAAUAUUUUAGUGACUUUAUUUUUUUUUUUUUAAUGGCAUUAUUAUCAUCGCAGUAAAAUAGGUUAAGAAGGCCGUUUAGUAUUAUUAUAUUGUAUUAAAAAAUAAAAUUGCACUUAAAAAAUAUUCGCACUACAUCUUGCUGAAUUAGAGUUACUAUGACUCCGUUUAAUUAACACACUUUAUAUGAACUAUAUAUAUUUAUAUUUGAAAUUUGAAUAUGACCUUAUAUAUAUUUUAUAUUUCUGUAAUACUUUUAUAAU